AUGUUCUCCAGAGAUGACUUUACAUUACAAGAGCUUCUUCCACGGAUCCUACACGAACGCAAGCAAUUUGUAGAUAUCACCGAGAAGGGGCUCAUUGAGGAAAUAGUUCUGCUCAAUUCAUCCAAGACUGUUAGCGAAACUCAUAACCAAAUUGCACAAGGUAAUGCAAUCACUCCGGAAAUUCCCAAUGCAACGGAAGAAGAAGUCAUGCAAGAGAAGUUCAACAUUCAAAAGCUAGAUCUAACCAAGAAUAUAAACAAUGCACUAAAUGAAACCUCGCUAUCGCUUGAUUUUGUCUCGUUGCUUGUUGCAUCAGUCAAGCCCAAUAUUGCCAAAAACACGAUGUCACCGCAUUUGCAAAAAUUAGUCAAGCCAUACUCCUUAAACUCUGACAAGCUAGCUAAUGAAGAAAAAGAGACUUUGCAAAAAGAUGUUGCCAAGUCUACAAAGAUAGGUCUCGGUUGGAAAACUGAAGCAACGAGCAAAAUCACAGAGUUGUUCAGGCAGUCAAGUGAAAAUUUAACGACACAGGUGAAGAAGGAACACAAGUACUGGAACAUGAUCAGCUUGGUGUGGUCGAAUGGCGAGGCGCUAUUUCGUAUGAGGGAUCCGUCAAACAAUGCCAGAGCCAUUGGGGUCAAGUACGGGUAUGGAGAUUCCGGCUCAGAUUUCCAAGAUAAAGGGUUGGCAUUGUUUCGCAAGAAUGUCCAAACUGGUGAAGUUUCUUUCCAUCCACUUUCUACUGUUGGUAACAAACUCGUUGCCAAAACCUAUCGCUAUAUUCGGGUGCGAGUCUUGAGCAAAAUUGAAGACUCCGAUUACAUGGUCACGGGACAAUCAAUCUUUGACCACAAGUAUAAGAAAUCACCUCAUGAUAUCAUCAAUGAUAUAGAAAUGGCGAGGUUUUUUCUCUUUGAGGAAGACUUGUUUUAUCAGCUUAGUAGGGAAGCGGCGAUCUUGCUCAGCUAUAGUGUGUCUGUAACGACAAACAAAGUUUCGAUUGAAACUGGAAACGAAAUUAUCGAAAUUGAAAGUGUGCCUUAUGAUAAUGACGAAGAAGGAUUGGAAAAUAGUUACCAGAAUGUUAGCUCUAUUUCAUCCAUCAACAAUGAAAAAUGUCAAUUGAUUUUGAUAUAUAUGAAAUUGAUGCUUUGUUGCUUUUACAAGUACAACUUGAAGUUAAAACAAAAAGUGCCAACUGCUUUAACAAAAUGGAAACAAAACAAUUCCCAUCCGUUGGUCUUGCGUCCUCUCUUGGGUAAUAUUUACCACAACAAGUACUUGAGUGAAGUGAAUGAGGUCAUAAUCAACUUGGCUCAAAAGUAUACCUUGAAUAACGAAAUCAAGCUUGACAAGUAUGCUGAUUCAAAUGGUAAACUGUCCAAUCCUUUCAAGAGAUCAAUCGAGAUUCCAAAUUCAACAUUCACUUGGACGGUACAGAAUGAAAGCGGCAAUGUGCUAAAUAUAUCGAUAAACGUAACAAGCAACGAGGUGUUUGUCGAUUUGGUCACGAAACUAGCUGUAACGAAAUUCGAUUCCAUUGAAAAUUACAAGAGCAAUAUGGAUGGUGUGAAUGUUUUACAAAACGACUACUACGACGUCGGUGACUUGAAUGAAUCGCUUGAGUGGUUGAUCCGCGACUUUUAA